AUGAGUCUCCGCCAGGGGGACUUAUCUAUUGUUGAAUUUGUUAAGAAAUUUAAUAUUGUGCUCCUUAUUGCUAAUGAUGCUGAUGAGAAACUGAGGCACUUCUUAAAUGCCCUCCGACCUACUAUGCGCCGGGAUAUUCUGCUAGGGAAACUAGUUGAUUAUAUGGAUGCUAUUACUGGAGCCUAUAGAGCUGAACAAUCCUUGAAAGAUAUAGCUUGGGAGAUACAAAGGAAGAGGGGCCAUGGAAGGGGCAAGGACAACAGAAGCCUAUGGGGCAACCAAAAGCAACUGCCUCAAAGACUGAAAAUUAUCCACUGUGCAAGGAGUGCAAUCGCUACCAUCAAGAAUAAUGUGGUUCGAGCAGAUCUUAUCGUCUUGUCGAUGCCUGAAUUUGACAUUAUUCUAGGAAUGGACUGGUUAUCUCAUAAAGAAGCUACAAUUGAUUUUCAACAGAGAUUUCUAGUCAGUAUUGUUUUAGUGCCUGAUUCAGUCAGUCAGAAGAUAGAAGAUGUCGAUGUUGUUAAAUACUUUCCUAGCAUUUUCCCCAAGGUUGUUUCUAGCAUUCCGCCCGAGAGAAAGGUGGAAUUUUCUAUUGAGUUGAUGUUGCGUACAGUGCUAAUCUCUAAGGCACCGUAUCGUCUAGCACCUACAGGAAUGAAAGAAUUGAAAGAUCAGAUUCAAGAGCUGCUAGACAAAGGAUUUAUUCACCCGAAUUUUUCUCCGUGGGGUGCACCAGUCCUAUUCAUGAAGAAAAAGGAUGGGAGCAUGAGACUUUGCAUCGACUAUAGAGAGUUGAACAGAGUCACCAUGAAGAAUAAUGGUCUUCAUGGAUCUCAUGAAUCACGUAUUUCAACCAUAUUUGGAUCAGUUCAUCAUUGUGUCAUAGAUGAUAUUCUGAUUUACUCGAAGAGCAAAGAGGAGCACAGUCAGCACUUGAGAAUGGCUUUGCAGACACUGCACGAUAAAAAGCUAUUUGCCAAGUUUAGCAAGUGCGAGUUUUGGCUCAAGAGAGUGGUGUUCUUAGGCCACAUCAUUUCUGGAGAUGGAGUUGGAGUUGAUCCCACCAAAGUUGAGGCAAUUAAAGAAUGGCCACCUUAA